AUGGCGGCCAUCGUGGGCGGCGCCAAGGUGAGCACGAAGAUCCCGGUGAUCGAGUCCAUGUUGGAGAAGGUGGACAAGGUGAUCAUCGGCGGCGGCAUGGUGUUCACCUUCCUGAAGGCCCGCGGCCUCUCGGUCGGGAACUCCCUGGUGGAGGACGACCUCAUCCCAGUCGUGAAGAAGCUGGAGGAGGAGGCCAAGGCCAAGGGCGUCGAGAUCAUCCUCCCGAGCGACAUCGCCUGCGGCGACGAGUUCCCCGCGGGGGGCAAAGAGGUCAAUUACAAGGUGGUGCCCGCGGAUGCGAUCCCGGACGGCUGGCUCGGCCUGGACAACGGCCCGAAGGCCACCGAGGAGAUCAAAGCCGCCCUGGCGGAUUGCAAGACGAUCAUCUGGAACGGCCCCAUGGGAGUGUUCGAGAGCCCGCAGUUCAGCAAGGGCACCUACGACGUUGCGGAGUGCAUCGCCGAGCUGACGGAGAAGAACGGCGCCAUCAGCAUUAUCGGUGGAGGGGACUCCGUGUCUGCGGUGAACAAGUCCGGCCUGGCGCCGAAGAUGUCGCACAUCUCCACUGGAGGCGGUGCCAGCUUGGAGCUUUUGGAGGGCAAGGUGCUGCCGGGUGUGGCUGCGCUGGAGGAUAAGGAGAUGGCCGCCGCGGCGUUCUGCGGACAGCGCAAGGCACCCAAGGCUUCCAGGAUCAGCCGUCAGGCCAAGAAGUCUGUGGAGGACCUGGGCGAGGCUGACCUGAAGGGGAAGACGGUGCUGAUCCGGUGCGACCUCAACGUGCCCCUGAACGCGGACCUGGAGAUCACGGACGACACGCGCAUCACGGCCUCGAUCCCGACGAUCGAGUACCUCUGCGGCAAGGGGGCCAGGGUACUGGCGUGCUCCCACCUGGGCCGCCCCAAGGACGGGCCCGAGGAGAAGUUCUCGCUGAAGCCGGUGGCGAAGAAGAUGGGGGAGCUGAUGAAGAAGGACAUCAAGUGCGCCCCGGACUGCAAGGCAACCGACGAGGUGAAGGGGAUGGUGUCGGCCAUGAGCGACGGAGACGUUCUGAUCCUGGAGAACACUCGGUUCUACAAGGGGGAGACCAAGAACGACCCUGAGUUGGCGGAGAGCAUGGCCAGCCUGGCGGACCUCUUCGUGAACGACGCGUUCGGCACCGCACACCGCGCGCACUCCUCCACCGAGGGCGUGACCAAGUUCCUGAAGCCGAGCGUCUCUGGCUUCCUGCUGAAGAAGGAGCUGGACUACUUGAAGGGCGCUGUGGACAACCCAGUGAAGCCAAUGGCGGCCAUCGUGGGCGGCGCCAAGGUGAGCACGAAGAUCCCGGUGAUCGAGUCCAUGUUGGAGAAGGUGGACAAGGUGAUCAUCGGCGGCGGCAUGGUGUUCACCUUCCUGAAGGCCCGCGGCCUCUCGGUCGGGAACUCCCUGGUGGAGGACGACCUCAUCCCAGUUGUGAAGAAGCUGGAGGAGGAGGCCAAGGCCAAGGGCGUCGAGAUCAUCCUCCCGAGCGACAUCGCCUGCGGCGACGAGUUCCCCGCGGGGGGCAAAGAGGUCAAUUACAAGGUGGUGCCCGCGGAUGCGAUCCCGGACGGCUGGCUCGGCCUGGACAACGGCCCGAAGGCGACCGAGGAGAUCAAAGCCGCCCUGGCGGAUUGCAAGACGAUCAUCUGGAACGGCCCCAUGGGAGUGUUCGAGAGCCCGCAGUUCAGCAAGGGCACCUACGACGUUGCGGAGUGCAUCGCCGAGCUGACGGAGAAGAACGGCGCCAUCAGCAUCAUCGGUGGAGGGGACUCCGUGUCUGCGGUGAACAAGUCCGGCCUGGCGCCGAAGAUGUCGCACAUCUCCACUGGAGGCGGUGCCAGUCUGGAGCUUUUGGAGGGCAAGGUGCUGCCAGGCGUCGCCGCUUUGGACGAGGCGUGA